AUUUAGACGACAUUGUUCAGCUUAUCCUCUUGUUAGUUCCUGAACUUUACUCCUUUCCCAAAAAAUACAGGUUAGAGGUUCAGAAGCAGCAACGUUUGGAUGAACUGGCCCAGGCCGUGGUCUUCCCUCUGAAGAAAGGGCUCCUUUCCUUCACAGCUGUGAUGGAGAUGCUCCUUCACAUGCCUGCAGACCCCUACGGUAUUAUAACGCAAGAUGACAGUAAAAUCAGAAGAGAGAUCAAAAAUAUGGAUUUCUACAUGAACUCGUCACAGAAGGUAGCAGUACACGCACUUGAGGGAAUUGAUAGAGAGACAGAGGAACUGACUGCAGAGCUGGGCGUAUUAACAAAUCAGAAAAAGGAAAGUGAACGUGAGUUAAGCAACUUGAGACAAAGCCUGCAGUCACAUGAAUCCUCAUUAACGAAUUACAAGAACAGUCUGGAGGUCGAGAAGAAACACCUGGAAUGGGCAGUAGACGUAUUAAAUAGGAUGAAAAGAAGAAAAAAACGAAGAGCAAAUAUUAAUGGCAUUGUUGGGUGGAUUCCAGGUUUACCUGGUAUACACAACAUGGCGGAUGCCUCUAAAGCGGUGGACAGAGCCGACGAGGUGGUGCGGAACAGUCAAUCUCAGAUCGAGUGCUACUCCAUUAAAGUGGCAGAGUACCAGUUGCAGAUCUCUCAAGCCCAGGCCAAUAUUGAGAGGGUUGACAAAUGGAUAAAUUUAGACAAAUUAGAAAACAAAUUGCGAGAUACACCUACGGUGAGAAAUUUAAUUGCUAACGUUCAAGGUCAAUUCAGACACGCCAUCGUUCAGCUGGAACAGUUGUGUAACGUCAGCAGUGCUGCAGAGCUGCAAACCCGAUACUCAAUCGUGGUGGAGCCUUUGAUAGAUGUGAUGCAGAACAUGACAACAGCACUGGGACAGAUCACCAGAACUGACCUACUGUCCUCAGAAGGCAUCAGUUACUUGAUGGACAAGAUACAGAGGAACCACAACAGACUUGUAGAACAACAGCGUAACGUCAUUGGUUCUGAUGUGGUUUUACCAAAUGAUACUGACAAAUUUGAUCAAUGCUGA